AGUCGGCUACCUGGGAGUCCAGUGACAGCCAUUACGCCAACUGCUGGUCGCAGAUCGUGUUGGUUUUUACAGAAAAAGUGGUUCAGGGCCAUGGUAGAGCCAGCCACACAAAGGAGAAAGUCCUGCCUCCCCCUUCCUCGGCCCUCAGUCUAGUCUUCCUCCCUAGAAGCAAACGACUGUUGCUAGAACUUUCUCCCAGGGACAUUCAGCGCAUGUGGAUUCACAAAUCCAUGUGGCUGUUCCCUUGAUAUGUGCCAGCUCAUUUCUCUAAGCUGCCUGUCCCUUCUGGGGCUCGUCCCCAGCGCCUCGCCCAGCUGGGCUGCCGGCAGCCGGACUGCAGAUGGACAUCCAGGUGUUCGUCUUGUCUGACUCCAAGCGCUGCUGCAGCGAGGGCCCUCCUACAUCCGUCCUUGCUGUGGCACACAUGAGCUGGCCCAGGGGUGCUGGCCCAGAGGGUGUAAGCUGCACACAGUUUAAAUGCUGGUUCUUAUCCCGAAAAGGCAACACGAGGCCAGGUGGCAACACCACGGUAAGAAUGGACCCAUACUGGAGGGUCCCCAGUUCGCAUCCUGGGGCCUCCCUGGGUACUCUGUGGGUGUGUGCAUGUGAGCCAGCUGUGAGCCCGACUAACCGAUGCUGGGGUGGACUUUGGCACGAGGACUCUUUUGGAAUGCCUUUCUCCCUCCAUUUGUCCCUCCCUCCUAUGGAAGAGAUUUUUUUUUAAAGAAAAAAGUAAUACAUUCCCUCGAUUCAAAAUUCAAAGAAUAGAAAAGUCCUGGGCCCCUCCCCCUCAUCCUCUCCAAAGGACUCCAGUACUACUUUCCAGAUUGAAGGGUGCCUUGUGUUUGCCCCCUUGUCCCUGAGUGCAGCAGCCCCAUCCUGACUGUUCUUGUAACGCAGAGGUUUUCCAUCGUCCGUCCAUUCCAGUGUCCUUGGGCCUUUUUGGUAACAGCUGUGUGGAUUCUGUUCAGUGGAAGAGCCGCCUAGAACCUGCUUCCAGGAUGUGCAUUGAGUUCUCGCCCAGGUGUUCCUAGAGCAGGACAUUCUCCAAGAACAUCCUUGUUUAUCACUGUGUAAAGUAGCUGCCUUCCUGAGAAGGGACUCGCUGGGCCGAGGUCAAUGAAGAGAAAUAAGUAACAAGCCGUCCCAGCCUCCUGGCAAGCAAUGAGAUCUGGAAUAUUUGUUGAAGAGAUGAAUAAUGAAGUCCUGGGUCCGCGCAGUAACAGCUGUCUGUGCCUUUCACCACGCAGAGGAGUGUCCAGACCCCAAGGACUGGAGCUUGCAGGACACGGACGCCUUCGCGCUGGUCUACGACAUCUGCAGCCCCGACAGUUUCGACUACGUGAAGGCCCUGCGGCAGCGCAUCGUCGAGACCAGGCCUGCGGGUGCGCCUGAGGCGCCGAUCCUCGUGGUAGGCAACAAGAGAGACCGGCAGCGGCUGCGCUUCGGACCGCGGCGCGCGCUGGCCGCCCUGGUGCGCAGGGGCUGGCGCUGCGGCUACCUCGAGUGCUCCGCCAAGUACAACUGGCACGUGCUGCGUCUGUUCCGCGAGCUGCUGCGCUGCGCUCUGGUGCGCGCGCGCCCUGCGCACCCGGCCCUGCGCCUGCAGGGGGCGCUGCAUCCAGCGCGGUGCAGCCUCAUGUGACAGGAUUGGACGCCGCUGUGGAUGGGUCCCUCGUCUGACUGCAACAACCAGGGGCCCAGCUUGGAGGAGACCGCCCAACCUGCGUCGGAUUGGACGGGGCAGUGUCCUCCCUGAUUGGAAGAGGAAAGCUCAUAUUCAGUCUCCUGGGCGACAGGCUUCUCUUUGAACCUCAUUGGACCCAGCCAGGCCUCAAUCCUCACUGGACACAAUCAGUCUUUUCUGGGAUCUUAUUGGGUCACAAUCCCAUUGGAUGGCCCGGACUUGGUCAUGCAUCUCUCUGGAAGCUCUCGGACUACCCUGACGCUGUAUUGGACACACUCUGCAAGCCACACCUCUGGCGAGGUAAUAAAAGGAAAAGCAAUUCAA